CACAGCCGCCCGGCCUCCCCGGCGCGCCCCUUUUCCCGGGCCGCUGACGCCCCCCAGUUCCCCAUUUCCAGGGUGGCUCACAAAGCUCUGGUGCUGUCCGGAUUUCCCAGUCCCCGCGGCGCCCAGUUGCCUGCGGCUCGUGCUGCCCCGCCCCCGCGGCCCUCGGUGCCCCCCGCGCGGCUGGCCAGCUUCCCCUCGGAGCCGCUCGCGAGGCCGCAGGAGUCAUUAGAAGAACAAUGCCUAUAAGUCUUUGACACUAUGAUAUCCAUCAGGCAAAGAAAAGGAAUUAGAUCCACAGAAGUUUCUGAGGAGUAUGCAGCACAAGAAGAAAAUGUGAAAUUGGAAAAUAAAUUGCCAUCUGGUUGUACCAGUAGAAGAUUAUGGAAGAUUCUGUCAUUUACAAUUGGUGGAACCAUUGCUCUUUGCAUUGGGCUUCUUACAUCUGUCUACCUGGCCACUUUACAUGAAAAUGACUUAUGGUUUUCUAAUAUUAAGGAAGUGGAGCGAGAAAUCUCAUUCAGAACAGAAUGUGGACUGUAUUACUCCUACUACAAGCAAAUGCUGCAGGCUCCAACCCUCAUGCAAGGCUUUCAUGGCUUAAUAUAUGAUAACAAAACUGAAUCCAUGAGGACAAUUAACCUCCUUCAACGAAUGAAUAUUUACCAAGAGGUUUUUCUCAGUGUUUUAUAUAGAGUUCUACCAAUCCAGAAAUACUUAGAGCCAGUUUAUUUUUAUAUCUACACUUUAUUUGGACUCCAAGCAAUCUAUGUCACAGCUCUUUAUGUAACCAGCUGGCUCCUUAGUGGUACUUGGCUAUCAGGACUAUUGGCUGCCUUCUGGUACAUUACAAAUAGAAUAGAUACCACAAGAGUUGAGUUUACCAUACCCCUGAGAGAGAAUUGGGCACUGCCAUUCUUUGCAGUUCAGAUAGCAGCAAUUACGUAUUUUCUGAGACCAAAAUUACAGCCUCUUUCUGAAAGGCUGACACUUCUUGCCAUUUUCAUAUCAACUUUUCUCUUUAGUCUGACAUGGCAAUUUAAUCAAUUUAUGAUGCUGAUGCAAGCAUUAGUGCUAUUCACACUGGACUCCUUGGAUAUGCUGCCAGCAGUGAAGGCAACGUGGCUGUAUGGUAUACAGAUAACAGGCUUACUCCUGGUCUGCAUUCUUCAGUUUUUUAAUUCCAUGAUUCUUGGAUCAUUGCUUAUCAGUUUUAACCUUUCUGUACUAAUUGCAAGAAAACUUCAGAAAAAUCUGAAAUCUGGGAGCUUUCUUACUCGCCUUGGAAAACUUUUAUUACACUUAUUUGUGGUUUUCUGCCUGACACUCUUUCUCAACAACAUUAUUAAGAAAAUACUUAACCUGAAGUCAGAUGAACACAUUUUUAAAUUUCUAAAGGCAAAAUUUGGUUUCGGAGCAACAAGAGAUUUUGAUGCAAAUCUCUAUCUAUGUGAAGAAGCUUUUGGCCUCCUGCCUUUCAAUACAUUUGAAAGGCUUUCAGAUACUCUGCUUUUUCAUGCUUACAUAUUUGUUCUGUUCAUCACAGUGAUUGCUGCACUAACUGUUGCCAUCCAUAAUCUCAGUGGUUCUACAAAUGGACAAAAAUCCAUGGAUAGCAUGGGAAAGGGCACAGUCAGUCUGAAACCAGAAACUGCCUACAACUUAAUACACACUAUUCUGUUUGGAGUCUUGGCACUGAGCACAAUGAGAAUGAAGUACCUCUGGACAUCACACAUGUGUGUGUUUGCAUCAUUUGGCUUAUGCAGCCCUGAAAUAUGGGAGUUGCUUCUGAAGUUGUUCCAUCUUUAUAAUCCAAAGAGGAUAUGUAUCAUGCGAUAUUUGGUACCAAUAUUAAUACUGCUGUAUCUAGGCUAUAAGUUCUGGCCAGGAAUGAUGGAUGAACUCUCCGAGUUGAGAGAAUUCUAUGAUCCAGAUACAGUGGAGCUGAUGAACUGGAUUAACUCUAACACUCCAAGAAAGGCUGUGUUCGCCGGAAGUAUGCAGUUGCUGGCUGGAGUCAAACUGUGUACAGGAAGGACAUUAACCAACCACCCACACUAUGAAGACGAUAGUCUGAGAGCACGAACUAAAGCGGUUUAUCAGAUAUAUGCCAAGAGGUCUCCUGAGGAAGUACAUACCCUCCUAAGGUCCUUUGGUGCUGACUAUGUCAUCCUGGAAGAUAGCAUCUGCUAUGAGCGGAGGCACCGCCGGGGCUGUCGGCUGCGGGACCUGCUGGAUGUUGCCAAUGGACACGUGAUGGACGGCCCAGGAGAGAAUGAUCCUGAUUUGAAAUUUGCGGGCCAUCCUCGGUUCUGUGAGGAAAUCAAGAGAAACCUGCCUCCCUACACAGCGUACUUUACUAGAGUAUUUGAGAACAAGACAUUCCAUGUUUACAAGCUAUCUAGAAACAAGUAACAAACCAUCUCCCUUCAGUGUCUAUUUUUGAUAUAGAGAGCUCCGUCAUAAUGAAACUCCAUAAUGUUUCCUAUGUAAUUGGGUAGCCUGGUACCUUAAAGCUGUGAUAUGAAGGAUUUCUACAAAUGUUUACACACGCUUCACCAUCUUGGAAAGUAUCUUAUACAUGCUUAAGUCUUCUUUGUCUUGUCUCAUCAAUGUCCUUAGUCUAGCCGUUCUCAGCUUUCCAAGAAUGAAGUAGUAUAUUGUUCUUAUGAAGAGUCAUUGGUAUUCACAGGUAGCCUGAGAGCCACAUAUCAUGAGAAGUCCAGAGCCUGUUCAGUGCUUGAAAUAAUAUUAAUUUUCAAUUGACUUAAAAACAGGCACGGUUGAAUUGGAUUGAAAUGAAUUAUGGGCAUACAUAAUUAGAUUAGUUAGUAUUACUGUACUAGUGAACACCAACUAGUGACUUUUUAAAAAGCUCUAUUCUCUUUCACCCCUCCAAAAUUUAUAAUGUUUUCCAAUUUUCAUGCUUUUAAUAUUUCAAAAUCAUGUUAAGUCUUUAUAUGUAUCUUGAGCUUUUUGUUGUGUUUUGUCUGAAAUGUAAGUUGUAGAAUUUCAGUAAUACAUUUCAUUAUUCCUACAUGUUUUAAUGCUGGUCACAGACAAGUGUUACAAAUUCCACAUCGUAAGUCUCAAAGGGACAGAAAUACGGUAGCCAAGUGGAAUUUGUUACUGUUUAUUGUUAUUAUUUUAAAACCUACUAAUACUACUUAACCUAUCCUGCUAGUAAAAUAAUUUGUAUUUAUUUAAACCUACUGGGUUUACAAAAUUUUGUAAACCUUUUUGUUUUUAGCCUUUGUAUUUUUUACAGCCUAGAACCUUGCAAAGUCUGAAUAUUUUUAAAAUGUUGUAUCUUAACUACUUCACUUAAUACAGUAUUUUUAGCAGAGAGCAUUUCAUACCAAGUUUGAUUCAUGGUCUCCAAUCUUACUCUGAGGUACCUAGGAGGAUAAUUUUUUUCCUUUAUAAAGUAAAACCAAGUGCCUCUAAGUCUUGCUUAUUUGUAAACAAGAAGAGGAUUAUGUGUACCUGCUCAAAAUCUUUUUUGAUAGUUUUUUUUUGUAAUCUCUAAUGAAGAGGACAUAUACAAAUGUUAUUGAUAAAAGCAUAUUGUACAUUUAAUUAAAUCAAGGUGACUAAUGAAAUUAACAUUCCCCAUUGAUCGUACCAGUUGAAAAUUAUUUAAAUGUUUCUCUUUGUCAUUGUACUGAAGUAUAAAUUACCACAGACAUCUGAAUGAAUGAAUGUCACAUGUUCAAAUGACUUUAUAUUCAGUUACUGUUUUUUAAGCAGCAUUAAAAAAAUUAUACUGUCAUAUUGGAUUCAAGUAUACUUGGUUUUUAUCAAAAUGUAUUUAAAUAAAAAAUUAACAGUAGCUCAAUUAUUAAAUGAUGCAGCUGAAACUUCUGAAUUAUAGCUUUCUGUUUCCUUAGUAAGGUUGGAGACCAGUGCUGUUUAGGAUAAUACAAUAAUAAAGCAUUUUAAUUAGCGCUAAAACUUUGAUAAAGCCAGCAAUGCAAUGAUGCACGCUUGUUGCAGCUGACAGCAUGGGUCAGUACAUCCUUCAGUGAGUGCCUUACUUCAAUGGAAGCCAAGCACAUGUAAGGUACAACAUGUCAGACCAGAUCAUUGUUUUUAAAAAUCUUCUGUCACCUUCUCAAAUAUAUUUCAAUUUAAACAUUCCUAUAUGUACUAGUCUUGAUGCAUUUGGGCAUUUGGAUAUCUUGGUAGAUAAAAAACAUGUACUUAAAGUUUUAUGCUUACUGUCACUGCACUGGUGACAUACAAUAAUCUUUUCUUCUUCUUCUUCAUAGUUUGAAUGCCAGUUGUUGCCAAAACAUUUAGUGUGUAGUCUUUAGUUAAAAAAAAAAGUGCCAAAAAAAAAAUUCAAAAAAGAUCUCAAGACAAAAUCCAUAUGUACACUCUUUCCAGGACACUGUGAUCAUGUAUAGUAUAUAUUUUUAUUUCCUGAUGACCAAACCUCUCGAUGACUCAAGUUAAAAUAUCCUUAGUGCUUUUCAGUAUUCUCUUUUAUGAUCUCCUUCCUGCAGUACGGAAGGAAAGAGUGGCAAAGCAGCUGAUUCCUUACGCUCUGCCAAGCCAAAGCCAGGGACCUCUAGCUGAGUAAGUUCUCUGCCACACAGGACUCAGUGGCUGUGUUGAUAGUGGGUUAGUUGCGGGGACUGGUGGCUGUCUUGAUGGAUAGGUAACUUGAUUUUGCUUCAGAGUUAGCACUCAGAAGAACCUCGAAGUACAAUAAGUGCUCUUAACUAAGCCUCUACUGACAGGACUCAUCAGAUCCCUGUUACAGAUUGACUGCCUCAGCUGGGGGUCUGGAAGAUUUUGUCACUUCUUCUCCCUUCUUUGAGUGCUCUGCUCAGACCAAACAGCUCCUGUGAGCAGGUCACCAUAAACUUGGGAAUAUGGAGAUAUAUAUAUAUAUAAAGAAGGGUUGUUUCUAUGAAAAAUUAACUUGGGUGGUUUGAUAUGGUAAAGGAAGGUUGAGUUGCUAACCAAAAAAAAGAAUGCUUUUUUAAAUCAGGUGUAAUUGGGAAUAUGAUGAAAUACUGAGAAAGCAAAAUUCAAGAAAACUUGUAAGCAUAUAUCGCUUCAUAUAUUUUCACAUCCGUUCAAUUUUUUUUUUAACUUGACUGAUGAGAGUGGAUCAAAAGGUGUGCUACUAGUCUGAUAUGUAUAGGUACAGAAUGAAUAGUCAUUGGGCCCUUACGCAAAGGAAAGGCCUUGGAUGUACAUCGAAAGAUCGUUAAGUUUGUGUACAGUUGUGUAUUUGAAGUGAUGAGACAUUACUUCAACCUACUUGCUUCAUUGAAUGACCAGCUACUGAUACUGAUCAUGGCGGCUAACAGAGAUUCUACUCUAGUUAAAAAUAAUUAUAAUAAUAAGUCACGUUUAUUGCAUACUUUUGAAAGACAGGAAUUCAUCCCCAGUGUAUUAGCCAGGGCCAUCAUUGGUGGUUAUUAUCUAGGCCAUUUUUGUCUGUUUAAAAAUGACUUUCUUGACCUUUAGAGAUCUCAGUGUGUGCCUGUGAGUGGGUGCUAGGUGGAUGCAGUCCAGAUGGCAAAGACAUGUAGGUAUUUCAUCUGGGCUGCAUCUCCACAUCAAAUUAAUUUUAAAUGCUUAUUCAGACUCCAUGUGAACUGUGGCUAAGACAUAACAAUUUUAAUUCAUCUUUGGCCAAAACCCACUGAGUGAACAUGGAAAAAUACUCCAUUUGAAAAUGUUCGCUUAAACCUUGGGAUUAAUAGGAAGAUAUUAAUCAGUUCUCAGAUCAUGUAUCUUGAUUAAUAUACUGCCAAAUUCCUUAUACCUGACACACUUUUUGGCCUAGGAGAGAGUGCUUGUCUGUGUGGGGAAAUUUUUUUUCAGGAUAGAGUGACAUUCUUUCUUAUGGACAUUGAUUUUCUGUAUUUAACAUCCUAUGGGUAGAUCUUACAAAGAGCUUUUAUAAUUUGUUGUCUGGAUUGUAUAGAGAUUGUAUACUAAAUAAAGCUCUUUUAAAUUACACAA